AUGCUCAUUCUCGAUCUGUUUUCUAAGUCGGAGCCGCAGUGGCAGCGGACCAAAUCGUAUUUUGGAAAGCCGUGGAUUGGGUGUCAAUUGCACGGCUUUGGACGGAAUAUGGGCUUGUAUGGCCAGAUUAUGAAUGUCACGCUGAGCCUUAUAGACGCGCUGGAAAGCCCCGACUCGCUUGUUGGGUUUAGGCUCACGAUGGAAGGUCAGGAGGAGAACGAGAUCAUCUACGAUCUUCUGCUGGUCCAGGCCUGGUCCGCGGAGCCCAUUGAAAUAAAAGCUUACUUUGAGAAUGGGGUCAGCGGUCGCUAUGCUGGGAAUCAUUCGGUCCCUCGUGAGCUGUACACGGCUUGGGACAUGAUGCGGACAACGGCUUACCAUAACACAAAUCUCACAACCAGGGCAGUGGCAAAGCCUAUCUUUGAACUUUCGCCAGAUAUCAAGGGUUUGUUAUAUCGUGCUGGUAAUCAUGGGACUACUAUGAAUUACGAUGAUUCGAUCUUGAUAAAGGUAUGGUCAUUAUUUAUGGAUGAAAGGAAGAAAGAGCUGAUUCUUUGGAUGAACCCUGCAUACCAAUAUGAUAUGCUUGAUAUUACUCGUCAGCUCUUGGGGAACGCUUUUACCGCCGCAUAUUCCGACUUAAUGCAGUCCUAG